AUGCUGUGGUUUCGCGCGAUUCUUGGUGGAGCCCUCGCGGCCAGCGGCGUGUCUGCCUUCACUGGCAACACGACGGGCUAUAUUAACGAUCUGUUCGAUCAGUCCAUGAGCUUCCUUGACCAGAUCUACGACCCCAACGCCGGUUAUCUGUGGUACUUCUACUAUCCUCUCGCCGCGGGUAAACACGAGACUCGGUCGACGGUGUGGUAUGCCGCCGGGUUGCUGCGCCGGAAUGAGGGAGACGAUGUGGAUAACGCGGUCAAGAUUAUCACGAGCGUCAUUGGUGAUCAGCAGAAGAACAUAAGUGCUCAAUGGUUCGGAGACUACACCAAGUACCCCGAAGAACCAACAGUCGGCACAGCUUGGUAUCCAGAGAACAUUUACAACUCGUGGGACCCCAACUGGCGAGGCUUCAUCGGCACCACUCUGAUCGUCAUCUACGAGGAAUAUGGGCACCUGCUCCCAUCCCAGGUCCAGACGCUCAUAGUCGAAAGCAUGCGAAACAACACCAUCGGCGACAGCUACCGCGUCGGCGGCGUGGACGGCGACAACCUGUACCCAGCGUACUCGAACCCGGCGCUGAUGCGCGCGGUGGCGUCGGGCUGGACGGGCCGCAAGCUCAACGACAGCAACAUGACGGCGGCGGGCGAGGCGUACGCGCAGGAGAUCCUGGACCUCUUCGACCGCAACAACACGCUCUCCGAGUUCAACUCGGCCACGUACGCCGGCAUCAGCCUGUACGCCCUGACGCUGUGGGCAAAGUACAUCCCGGACGACGGCUCGUCCGUGAUGCGGGCCAACGGCGCACGCAUGGUCGCCGACAUCUGGACGACCGUCGGCGAGCUGUACAACGCCAACCUGCGCAACGUGGCCGGCCCCUGGGACCGCACGUACGGGUGGGACAUGAACAUUUACAUCGGCAUCCUGAACGCGUACAUCUGGUCGCUGGUUGGCGCGGACCGCGCGCCCGGCAUCAACACGGUCAGCAAGGGCGGGCGGACCCCGGCGUGGGCGACGACGCACGCCGACGACUUCGAGAUCGCGCCGCUGCUGGCGGCAAUAUUGCCGUUCCACCACACGCUGAUCCCGGACUCGGUCGUCGAGAAGCUGGCGGCGUUCCCGGGCGAGCACACGUACACGACGGCAGCGCUCUCGCCGCCGUGGGACCUCGCCCCGCGCAACGUGACCAGCUGGAUCGGCGAGAGCCUGACCAUCGGCGCCGAGAGCUUCGACCAGACCGUCGUGGGCGGCGCGUCCAUCAACCAGGAGCAGUGGGCCCCGGCUGUUGCGCAGUGGCUCCGGGCCGACGGCAGCAUCGGGUGGUUCUCGUACUAUGCGACCGAGUCGGCCAUGCAGGUCGACGUGCAGCCUUACCGGCUCGAGCUGACGUACCCCAAGGGCUACGAGAGCAGUAUCUUCACGUUCAUCAUUGGAUCGAAUCCAUUGGGCCAGAAGAGGGACGUGUUGGAAUGGGGUGAUGUGAUGGGACUGAAUGUCAACGUCAGCGGGACGGUGGACCUGAGCCACGAGGUCGCCUUUUGCGGCCUUGCCGGUGGUUCGUGCGACAUUAUCCAUGGCUUCGAGUUCUGGAAUUUCACCUAUGUGAUGCCAGCUGGGAGCUCGGACACGCCAAACAUUGUAUUGGAGCUCGAGCUUGUGUAA